GGUGCAUAUAAAACCCCACGCAUCCCAACAAGUCUGAUAAAAUCCACAUAUCUAAGAAAACAAAACUAGCAGAAAUCCAACUUUUUAUUAUGGCUUUCUCAAGAACUUCUAAACCAGUUGGAAAGGGAAUGGAAAAUGGUUCUGAGAUAACCCCUUUGGAAAAGCAUGCCAUGUUCUUUGAUACCAACCAUGAUGGCAUCAUUUAUCCUUGGGAAACAUAUCAAGGUUUUCGAAAAAUUGGAAGUGGAGUUCUCCUCUCAGUUGGUGCUUCCAUUUUCAUUAAUAUUUUUCUCAGUUCUAAAACUCGACCAGGAAAAUGGCCAUCUCCUCUCUUCCCCAUUGUGGUUGAAAACAUCAAACUUAGCAAGCAUGGUAGUGAUAGUGAUGCAUAUGAUAGCGAGGGAAAGUUUAUUCCAUCAAAAUUUGAAGAAAUUUUUCAAAAAUAUGCACGAACUAAUCCCAAUGCCUUAACGUCUGGGGAAGUGGAUGAAUUGCUUCGGGGUAACAGGGAACCCAAGGACUACUCUGGAUGGAUUGGUGCCAUAGCUGAGUGGAAGAUACUUUAUUUUCUUGCCAAAGACGAUCAAGGAAUGCUCCCCAAAGAAAGAGUGAAAGCUGUUUAUGAUGGAAGCUUGUUUGAACAAAUGGCGGAGGAACACGCUUCAAAGCUAAAAGGGCUCACUACAAGACAAUGCACAAAACAACACUACAGCAAAAGUCAAAUUAAAGGAGUCCCUGCAAUGAUUGGUGAUUAUUUGUAAAAGCUUUUAUAUAAAUUCAAAGCAUGUUUAUGUCAUUAUUUAUGUACAUGUAGUAUAGACUCUUUAAAGUAUAAAAUAAUUAUGAAAUGAUCAGUGUUUGAUAAGAUACUUUUA